AUGUCCACGAUUCUGGCUGCAGCCGCCGGCGCAGCGAGCGAGGAAAACCAAGGCCCCGAACGACAUGCGGACCAUAACUUCAACACAAAACUAGACAUCAUCAAGGCAGAAGUCCAGCUCGAAUUCCGAAAACUCAGGAACCAGAUAGCAGAGGAAGUCGCCAAAACAACAGCCCAGUUGACGCAAGAGUUUUCGCAAGCGCGAGAGGACCUCAAUCAAGCUCGCAGCAAGCUCGAGCACACUAGGCUCCAGCUACACGCUGUGACGGGGUCUCAGGGAGCCGCACAUUCCUACCCCGGCCUCGUCCACAGGUCGGGCGCAACUCCAGAACCGACUUUCUAUACAGUGGACGUAUUAAGGGUACCGGAGGAGCAUGCUGGUGAAACUACAUCAUUGGCGCUUCGCAAGCUCGUUGAGAAGGAGAUGCAAGCUCCCGGCGACCAGCCUAGUUGGCGGGUUGUGGGCAGGAACAAGGAAGAGCUGAAAAAGAUCAAGGAUAUCCUCGAAGCCAAGAAAUCGCCAGUUGACAAUGUCAACCGUACGGCUGUCAUUGACCACAAAGGCAAGGUCCUCCUUGGGGCCGCAGAAGCCCUCGGUCAGGAGGACGACGUACAAAUUGCCAAGUUGGCCUGGUUGAGUCGAAAGGACAGCGCGAAAGCAUACGGAUCAAUGGUGGUAUAUGUCACCAAAGCCAGUGACGCUAGGAGGCUCCUGGACGAGGGCUUCGUCCACGCCGGAGGAGAAUCAGGAUAUACGAGAAUAUUCGAGCGUCGGAUCCGGCCGGAGCAGUGCUACAACUGCCAGCAGAUCUGA